UCAGAGAUGAUAAAAUAUCCAUGAACAUCAAUGACAGACCACCUGCUAUUAUAAGUCAACGGAACAAGUAGAAGAAGGAGAAUCACAAGCUUCCGUAGACAGACAUGGCAGGGAGUUUAGUGCCGUUUUCAGCUAGACACCCUUCCUGGUUUACACCCCAAAGGUUGCUAGCUAUUUUUUGUGCUAUCAACUUGUUAAAUUAUGUGGAUCGAGGAGCAAUAGCAAGCAAUGGUGUCAACGGAAGUCUUGGAACUUGCACAUCGAGUGGUACAUGCACUUCUGGUAGUGGAAUACAGGGUGAAUUCAACUUGAACAAUUUUGAAGAUGGAUUUCUAUCAUCUGCAUUUAUGGUUGGACUUCUCGUGGCUUCUCCCAUAUUUGCAUCAUUAUCAAAGAGUGUUAAUCCAUUUAGACUUAUUGGAGUUGGCUUGUCUGUAUGGACUUUGGCUACCGCUGGUUGCGGCUUUUCGUUCAAUUUCUGGUCCAUCACUAUCUGCCGCAUGCUAGGUGGUAUUGGUGAAGCUUCAUUUAUCAGUUUUGCAGCUCCUUUCAUUGAUGACAAUGCCCCUAUUACUCAGAAAACAGCUUGGCUGGCAAUAUUUUACAUGUGUAUGCCGACUGGAUAUGCACUUGGCUAUGUAUAUGGCGGAUUAGUUGGCAAUCAUUUGAACUGGCGUUUUGCAUUCUGGGUUGAAGCUAUUUUGAUGCUUCCAUUUGCUAUUCUAGGUUUUGUUAUGAAACCUUUGCAUUUGAAAGGUUCUGCUACUGUUGAAUCUAAGAAAGCACUGAUCUCCGAAGAUAUCGCUGUACCGGAAGUUCAAGAUACAGAGGCUUCAAAUGUUAAAGGUAGUGCAAAACCCAUGAAGGAAGAAUUCAGCAAAAUGUUUUCCAAGAUGAAAUGUGCAUCCAUUGAUUCAAAUCGGUUGUCAACGUUUGUUGAAGACAUGACAGCACUCUUGGUUGACAAAGUUUAUGUUGUCAAUGUUUUAGGUAUCCAUUUUUCAGGUUAUUGUGCAUACAACUUUGUUCUAGGGGCUUAUUCUUAUUGGGGGCCUAAGGCGAUUUACAAUAUUUAUAAUAUGAGUGAUGCAGACAUGAUAUUUGGAGGAAUAACCGUUGUCUGUGGGAUAUUCGGCACACUAGCAGGAGGCUACAUUCUGGAUUUAAUGACUUCCACUAUCCCCAAUGCUUUCAAACUUCUCUCUAUAACAACAUUUAUCGGGGCAACCUUUUGUUUCACUGCCUUUUGGUUUAAGAACAUGUAUGCUUUCUUAGCUCUUUUAUCAGUUGGUGAAUUACUGAUCUUUGCCACUCAGGGUCCUGUAAAUUACAUAUUUCUACACACUGUGAAGCCAAGUUUGAGGCCAUUAUCUAUGGCUAUCUCUACCGUCUCGAUUCACAUAUUCGGCGAUGUGCCCUCUUCGCCACUCGUGGGGGUCCUCCAGGACACUUUGAACAAUUGGAGAGGAACUUCCCUUAUUCUAACAUCGAUUCUGUUUCCAGCAGCUGGGAUAUGGUUUAUAGGAACAUUUCUUCACAGUGUGGAUAGGUUCAAUGAAGAUGGUGAAGGACAAGUUACUGAUGUUGAUGGAUCAAAUACAACUCCUUUACUUGAAGCUGGAGUUGUAUAGGUUUACAAGAGACUUUAGCAUUUUAUAAAU